GAUUACCAUGAUAGUGCCACUAGAACUAUAGGAUUUGGCGAAAACCAUUAUGCCGGAGAGUAGCACCAAUUCAAGCGUAAGUGGUAACUCUACUUCACCCUCCCAAGGUUCAUCCUCAGAAAGCACUCCUAGCGAUGGGGAGGGUAUAGAGGAAGGUGUUGGGAGCCCCUCGAUGGUAAAUGUUGAGGAGGAUGUGCUAGUGUUUGAAAAAUGGGAGGAUAAAAUCGUCAACGGCAGGCUGAGUAACAUCUGUAGCGCACCACAAAACAUGCCUAUCGGAUUUAGAUUCACUGUGGCACUUCACCAUGAAGUAGUAAAUGGCACGACCACUGUUAAGGGGUUGGAGAUACCUGUGAAAGCGAUAGUGUUUAGGUCGCUAUUCCUCUGUAGGUUAAGUAGUACCCAAACGAGGUGGUAUUAUAUUUCUGGUAGAGAAAAGAUGAUGCUCUUCAAGAACAUAAGAAAUAAGGUCACGCGUUGGAAGAGGCAAUUCAUCUUUGUUUGUGACACGCAAACGGAAAGAAUAAGUAACGAGCUGGCUAAUCGUAUUUCUGAGUGGCGAUCAGGUCAAACUUACAUGAAUUAUCCUACAUUGGUGCCAGACAAUGUGGAUCUGAAGAAUAGGCUAUUAGAUUAUGUAAAGGUGGAAGGAUUAGUAGACCUGGAGGCCUUGGUUACCCCUGAGCAGCUCGCGAUGUUUGGGUUUGUGGAUGUCGCAAACCUAUAUAUCGAAGGAGAAAUGAGUAAUGUGUUGGGUGUGAACGAGCUCAACGCUCACGGGGUCAUCGGGGAGAGAGCAACUAGCAUAGGCAAACAUGCUUCGAUGAACGACCAGCAUUGCCGCCUUGUAACUCGUCAUACAAAGGUUCGAGCUCCACAUCGAGGAUGGCGUGCCACUCAUUCGGCGGAGAAUAAGCUCUGGGGCUUAGCCCGUUUAACUCGCCAUGUUAAAGUUGUAUGUCGGGCGUUCAACUACAUGGUCGCACUAUUCAAGUGCGAGCAAGAAGCACACGAGCAAACUUACGAGCUCAUUGAAAGCUGCAAACAGUUGACUUCCAAGAAAGCGAGUUUGGAAGACGAGGUCAGCCGCUUGCAGAGCUCCAAAAUGGCCAACAUAGUUGCGUUAGCUGAGAGUCAAGCUGACGAGUUGGCUAACAAAGUUAACGCGCUAAAGGAAGAGCUAGAGAAGGCUCAAGCGGAGAGGGAAAGCGGGAUCCAAGCAGCAAAGGAUAAGGCCAGCUGUGUUAAGGAACGUGCCAAAAAGAACUUCGCCCGAGUUGAGGAUGCCUUGAAUAGGACCAAGGUGUCUCAUCAAUGUUCUGUGUGCAUUGCACGAGCUCAAAGGGCAAAGUGGCUAGUUAGGUCUAACAUGUUCCAAGAUGCAAUGGCCGUCGCCUUAAUGAAUACCACAACGAAAAUCUACAAUGAUAUCUGCGGAAAGUUGAAGUGGAAGCUGAACGAAGAUGGAGUGCCCACCUGGCCUCCAUCUGUUCUGGAAGAAAGGGAGGAUUUUAAGGGUUUGCCAAGGUUCGAUUCAUGGAUUUGAGAAGGGCCCGAGGCAGAAUCUGAGCCUUCUAGCACUCCACCAACUUCCCAGCCCACUGAUGUUCCAGCUCAUUUUUCUCCUGCUCAAGCUGAUGCGCCCGUCUCCGUAGAUUUGACGGAUGAUUAGUUGUUAGGUUUACAGUUUUCUUUUGUAUUUUUUAUGUUGGUCAGUUGACCUUUUUGAACGAUUUUAUCAUUGUCCAACAUAAACUUUACAUUUUUGC